GCUUUCGAUCCACUGAUCACUGGCUGACGUGCGCCACUGCGCGUUCGCUUCCUCCGCACCGCACACGAGAGGGUUUCUGAUUGGUCUAGCGCGGCAGGAAGUCUGUCGACAUUAUUCAGAAGGAGCUUUCAAGUUCACAACGGAACAGCCAGCCUAGCGGAGGUCGAUUCAAACGUCACGGAUUCGAGAUGGCUGCGUACAAGUUGGUUCUGAUCCGUCAUGGAGAGAGCUGCUGGAACCAGGAGAACCGCUUCUGCGGAUGGUUCGACGCAGACCUCAGUGAAACCGGGGAGCAGGAGGCGAAGAGAGGAGGACAGGCGCUAAAAGAUGCUGGCUAUGAGUUUGAUGUGUGCUACACCUCAGUCCUGAAGAGAGCCAUCCGGACUCUGUGGUUGGUCCUGGAUGGGAUCGACCAGAUGUGGCUUCCUGUUCACCGCACCUGGCGCCUCAACGAGCGCCACUACGGAGGCCUGACGGGGCUCAACAAGGCAGAGACAGCGGAGAAGCACGGUGAGGCCCAGGUUAAGAUCUGGAGGAGGAGCUAUGACACCCCGCCUCCUCCCAUGGAGGAGGAGCACAACUUCUACAACAACAUCAGCCAGGACCGUCGCUAUGGCGACCUGACGGGGGAUCAGCUGCCGUCCUGUGAGAGCCUGAAGGACACUAUUGCCCGGGCGCUGCCCUUCUGGAACGAUGAAAUCGUGCCCCAAAUCAAGGACGGGAAGAGGGUUCUCAUCGCCGCCCACGGCAACAGUCUCAGAGGCAUUGUCAAGCACCUGGAGGGUAUGUCAGAGGAGGCCAUCAUGGAGCUCAACCUGCCUACAGGGAUCCCCAUCCUGUAUGAACUGGACAAGAACCUGAAGCCUGUAGGGCCCAUGCAGUUCCUGGGAGACGAGGAGACAGUGAAGAAGGCCAUGGAGGCUGUGGCUGCCCAGGGCAAGGCCAAGAAAUAGACACAGCGCCCCCGCGUGGUCAGGAGGCGUCGGUGCGGCUAGGACACGUUAUAAUGAUAAUAAUCACUCACACAGCGUGACAUUACAUUAUCAUGUUUACACAUAGACAGAUAUGUGUAUAUAACACACACAUACACUUUGAAUACACACAAACACACACAUCACAUUACACUAUAGGUGGAUUUGAUAGGUCUUUGCUUUCCGGCACAUUGAGAUGUCAAUAUUACACAGCCAAUAGCAAUCGGUAAUACUGGAUUGUACGGAUCAUCAUAUGAGUUGAUCAAGAUUGUUUGAGUUGACCAAAAACACACAGAUAGGGACCAGCUAAUAGGGUAUUUACAGUAUCCAAAAACACAGGAUAGGGACCAGCUAAUAGGGUAUUUACAGUAUCCAGAAACACAGAAUCAGAACCAUCAUAUAUAGUCUUUAUCUAAAUGUGGAAAAUGAUAGAAAGUGUGCUUUCUACUGCCAUGUAGUUUUGCACUGAGUGAACAUGUAUGUAAACAUUGACGGGCACGUUUGAAAAAGGAAACAUUGAAUCUCAUUGUUAUAUCUCUACGGCAACAGUAUGUUAUCAUGGUUCUGGUGGUUAUUGUUAAAAGGGGCAGGCGGACUUGUACUGUACUGCUGACCAUAGAAGUAGAAUGGGCGUCCUCAUUCAGGAGAGGUUCUAUACUCCUUCCACUCAUUCUAAUUCCAUGUUGUUGACCUGUGCUUAGUGUUCUGUGUGGAAUAAAUAAAGAUUAAUCUUAUUAUUUAUGAGCUGUCAAA